AUGUCGGGCGACCGCAUAUCCUUCUUCACAAACAAUCCCUUCAUUGUAAAUUCAACAACAAACACCAUGGACACAAUCAGCAGCAGCAGCAGCAAUAAGAAAUUAAAGAUUCAACAUUUCAGUGAGCCAUCUUUCUCUUCUUCAUCCUCCUCCUCCUUUUCAACAUCUCCAUCGUCAACUUCCAAGUUGAUGGACAUCCUCAACCCCGCCACCGACGACGAAUACAGCAAUGACACAACCUCCUUCCAACAAUUUGAGCCACGUGUACCAAGAUUGUCCACAUCGGCCAUUCACAUUGGCAACAACAGUGCCAGCAACGGAUCAACUCUCUGCUAUUCACCUCCAUCGUCCCCAAUGGACCAUCGUCUUCCUUUGACACCUUCACAACUCUCUGCCAACUCCAACACCAACAUGGUGCACCAAUGGAUGCAAGAGCUUGCCAACAUCAAGAAGCGCGAGAACUUCCUCUUGGAGAGUCUCAAGUGUGUAGAUGCCCCUCGCAGCCAAUCACCACAGCAACUUCAGCAGCAGCAACAACAACAAUCAGCUGACAACAAACAAUACAUAACAAUCGUUAGACAACCUUCCGAGAUGGUCAUCAGCAAUAGAUACAUCAAUCCAUCACCAUAUAUGUCUGUUGACUCUGAACUGCUGUCGAGAACAUCAGGCCAGCUGACAGUCCAGGCCAAGUUGACCUACCACACAUCUUCACACCCGGUCGUCGCCAAGCAAUCCGAGGAUCGCCAGGAUGUCCUCCAAGGUAUCCUCUCACAAGACGUUGACAGAAGCAACGGCGUCGUCGUUUUCAACAAGCUAAAGGUCUGUGAGGUAUCCUCCAAGCACAACCACCAAUCCUUCUGCCUCGAGUUUACCCUCUACGAGCAAGGCCAGCAGUUGGCUCGCGCCACAUCCUCCCCAUUCCUUGUUUUGUCUCGCUCUUACAAGCGCAAGAAGGAUGAGGACCAGUCCACCGACUCUGACUCACAGGAGCCCUCGUCGCCCCACUCUGUCUGCUCUUCCUCUUCCGACAACGAGCCAGUAUCGCCAACCCAGAGCUCUGGAGCCGAUCCAAACUACAUCGACAUCACCGAUCUCCUUGUACUGCCCCAGAAGGAGGCCGCCGCUCGUCUUGGCAUCUCCGAGUCCAUGCUCUGCAAGCGCUUCAAGGAGUGCACCAGAAGGAAAUGGCCAUACCGCUACCUGCGCAAGAUCGACAAGGUCAUCAAGGUGCUCACACUCUCCUCCAAUGGCAACGAGAUCACCAAGGAAGAGCAGGCCAACCUUGAGAAGCUGCAGCGCGAGAGGGUUGAAUGCCUUCUUCCUGUCAGAAUCAGAAUCACCGGCUGUCUGGAGAAGGACGACGAUAUCAGGUCGUCUGGUUCUCCUAAUCAGCUCGUGCCACAGUUGCCAAGCAAGACUAGCGUGACCGCCGUCACCCUUGCCAGCCAAGAAGACACUGCCGCCGCCACCGCCAGUGCCAGCAUCUCCUCUCUCCUCCAAUCCACCGCCUCGUCGCACGCACCAGCCAACUCGGAGCGCGACAGUCUGGAAAACAUCUUGGAGACAUUGGAGAUGUUGAAGCACAACCGUCACUGA